GAGUAUCGCAACACGAUGUUACAUACCUUUGGUAGUUAGUAUAUAGAGAUUUAGGUAAUCAUGUAAAAUAAUAUAAAGUGCCUUGACAUUUCGUACCUCUUAAAUUAAAUCAUCACGAAUACUAUCUAUCAUCAACCCAAUCGUACAUCGAAUAACACUUGCAAAUCAACAUGUCAACCGCUGUUAAAGUCGUCAUCGUCGGCGCCACUGGCAAAACCGGCAGCUCGGUCGUGAAUGGGCUCCUCGCAUCCGAAACGAAUUUUGAUAUUACCGCUCUUGCGCGACCAUCUUCCGUCAGCAGCGAAGCCAACAAUGCUCUCAGAGGUCGCGGCGUCCACGUCGUGGCCGCGGACUUGACGGGCCCUAAAGAGGAACUCGUGAAGAUCCUGACCGGAGCCGACGUAGUCAUUUCCUGCAUCGUCUUCAGUAGCUUUAACGACCAGAUCCCCCUGGCUGAAGCGGCGAAAGAAGCCGGCGUGAAGAGAUUUGUGCCUUGCGACUUCGCCACGCCGGCGCCAAGAGGUGUUAUGAUAUUGCAAGAUCAGAAGCAAGACAUUCUCGCGGCUGUUCAACGCCUCUACCUGCCAUAUACCGUCAUCGACGUCGGCUGGUGGUCCUUGCAAUACGUGCCAGCCGUACCGUCGGGUCGAACGAAGCACGUGAUCAUCGAUGUCGUGAACGUUCGUCCAGGCGACGGCACGGUGCCGAUAUCGUUUACCGACUUGCCGGAUAUCGGAGUCUACGUGGCGAAGAUCAUCGUCGACCCGAGAACGCUGAACAAGAAAGUCCUCGCGUACACUGAGGCUCUCAGCACGAACCAAGUCGACGAGCUCGUCGAAGAAAUUAGCGGCGAGAAGGCCAUACGAACUCCGCUGAGCGCGGACAUGAUCCGUAGCGCAAUGUCGUCGGCCCGAGACAUGCUGGCGAAGAACCCGGCAGACGAUUUUACGAGAUUUACCCUGCUCGUCAACGAAUAUAUAAAUUCUUGGGGUUUGCGGGGUGACAGUGCCCCGGAGUCCGCCAAGUAUCUAGGUUAUCUGGAUUUCAAGGAGCUGUAUCCCGGCGUGCAAGGAAAGACUUUCCGAACCAUCAUCCAAGAAGUUCUGGAUGGGAAGAGAAAGGCAGGCGAGUGAGGCAGGCUAAUGAAUUUCGUCGCCUACCAUGUAGUCGAGACGUAACGGAUACUAGGGUGGACUUACUCGUCGCAUGUGGUGUCUUGACGAGAGGUUAUGGAUUUGUUUUGGUGGCACGAGGCAUCGGGGACACUCUUCUCAUUGUAUAAUCAUAAGUCUUCAUAUUUGUGUGUCUUAUUGAAUGAGCAUUAUCUCAGUAGCUAC